GCUCCUACUUCAGAGCACGUGAAUCCAGGAGGCGGCUCCAGCGGCGCCCAGAGGAGGAAGGCUGGUAAGCAGGAGAGAGGAGUGCACUAUAAGAAGUGGAUGAACCCGAGAAGCGUCAAAACAAUUAUUAAGCAACGGUCGAGAGGCGGAGAGCUGUAGUGUGCACAAUGAAGACAUAACACGGGAGAUUUUACUUGACUAACUGAAUUGUUGUCCAUCCGAAGCCGAGGACCCAGAAGCUUUUGGCAGCGCUGUGAAGAUUUCUGGGCGCCUCGCAUUGAAGUGGGGUCUGGUAGGGCACUUAUCUCUCCCGUGCUGUCGCCUGGCUACCUUUAAAACACCGGCAAAAAAAAAAUACAUGACAAAAACACUACGUUUCAGCACCUUAAGCGAGGACAGCUCCUUUCCUUGGCGUAACAUUCAAAGUCUCAAUUGGAGCCAGCACUUCUGAGCGAAUUGAAACAUUCUGCUUCUUGUUCCAGAACUCUUUGUACGUAUGGACACUCCCAGUGUCGCUUACUGUAUCUGUAUUGCAAGCCUUAAAGUAGCUUAAAAAUCCAUCGUCGCAGAAUCAGGAAUUGACUUUAAGCUCAAUAUGUACCAGGGUCAUUUGCAGGGGAGAGAUUCUAGGGCUGCAGAUAAGACUGUUGCCAUGGUCCUGAAGGAGAUACCCAGUAAGGCGUCUUCAGAAGUGAAACCCCUCCUCACGGUGACAACCAAGCUGGUGAGUGAGCAACAAGAGAGCCGCCCCCUGCUAAGCCCCUCCAUCGACGACUUUCUCUGUGAGACCAAGUGCCAUGGCGCUGCCCGCCUAGUGACUUCAAACACAGCAGUUCUGUCCUCCACAUUGGACCUAUUGGACCUCAGCGAGCCCGGAGAGAGAAGGAACAGCAAGCAGGACAAGAGCCCUCUGUUGUCACGUGGGGACGGGCCUAAGAACACGCCUCACCGGAAGAAGACGACGGACGAGACAGAGCUGAUCCAGGUGGAUGUAGAGCAGGCUGUCCCCAGCUCACACACUCCUGAAAGAGUGUCACUAGACUCAGUCAACAUUGCCUCUCCUUUGGAGAAAUGGGAGGAGCUCAACGUCCACACUGAAAGAAACAGCAGCAGAAAGUGGAAAUUGGAGAGACGGGGUUCAUCGAAAAACUCCUCCAGCGAACUUCUGUGGUCCAUAGACUGCAAAACACAAUCAGAGCCACCCUCCAAGAGCUCUUUGGAAGUAAAUACCAUAGCAGAGGCCGAGCCAGCUCUAGCAUUUCAACUCAACAGACAGUAUAUUAGUGGAAGACAUGGCCGUUUGAGUAAAGAGCGGUUCGGUGGCGGUGCCCUCCUGUCCAGAAACCAGUCCCUGGAGGAAGAGUUUGAGCGAGCCAAGGCAGCUGUGGAGUCAGACACAGAGUUCUGGGACAAGAUGCAAGCAGAGUGGGAGGAGCUAGCACGACGGAACUGGCUAACGGAGAACGAGCAGGCCCAGAUCCCCUCCAGUGUGUCUCCUCACGAGAAGGGUUACUACUUCCACAUGGACAACCCCUACAAGGACUGGCCCAACGCGUUUGAGGAGGGUCUUCGAAAGUCCAAAGAGGGAGACCUGCCCAACGCUGUGCUGCUACUGGAGGGGGCCAUCUUGCAGGACCCCCAGGACUCAGAGGCUUGGCAAGUGUUGGGGACCACCCAGGCCGAGAACGAAAACGAGCAGGCAGCUAUCGUCUCCCUCCAGAGGUGUCUCGAGCUCCACCCCAAUAACCUCCAAGCCCUCAUGGCCCUGGCGGUGAGCCUGACCAACACGGGCAUGAGGCAGGAUGCCUGCGAGGCGUUGCUGCGCUGGCUCCGUCACAACUCCAAGUACAAGCACCUGCUGAAGGGCAAGAGCCACCUGGCGGGCUCCCCGGGCUCCCAACGUAGGAUGUCUCGUGUCUCAACUGUGGGCAGAUAUGAGAGCUCUCUACUGCCUGAGGUAAAGGAUCUGUUUCUGGAGGCAGCCCAGAACAACAGGGACACCGACCCGGACCUGCAGACGGGCCUGGGUGUGUUGUUCAACAUUAGCGCGGAGUUCAACAAAGCUGUGGAGGCCUUCAAUGCUGCCCUGACAGUGCGGCCAGAGGAUUACCUGCUGUGGAACCGCCUGGGGGCCACGCUGGCAAACGGGGACCGCAGCGAGGAGGCGGUAGAGGCCUACACCCGAGCCCUGGAGCUCCAGCCGGGCUUCAUUAGAUCCCGUUACAACCUGGGCAUCAGCUGCAUCAACUUAGGAGCACACCGGGAGGCGGCCAGUAACUUCCUAACAGCCCUGAGUCUGCAGAGGAAGAGCUGCAGUCAGCAGCUCUCGCACCAGGUCAUGUCGGGGAACAUCUGGGCCGCCCUGCGGAUAGCUCUCUCCAUGAUGGACCAGCCGGAGCUCUUCCAGGCAGCCAACAUCGGAGACUUGGACCUCCUCAUGAAAGCGUUCAACCUGGACAUGUGAGUGGAGAUAGGCCUUGGAGACAAGUCUCUACUCUCCUACCAACAGGCCUUGGAGACAAGCCUCUUCUCUCCUACCAACAGGCCUUGGAGACGAGUCUCUACACUCCUACCAAAUGCCAAAAACCCAAAGUGUACAGUUGGAAAGAGCUGUUUUGUCCAGAUAAUGACGAGUGUGUGGUCUAUUUUGGCAAGCACUACAAAAUCUUUACUACUCCUCAGUACCUCUGCAGUCUUCUUGAGUACUGUAUGUGCUCGAAGAGUCUAUUUUGCGAUGGAUUUGCACUGCAAUUUGUGAUUUCCCCGAAGAGCACAAGGACGGGCAAAGACUGUACAAGUAAUGCCUUAGAGAACACAGUAAUUAAAACUAACUCAUUGGAACUGAGCGAGAGAGAGAAAGAGAAAUGCUGAGAAUGCUUUUGCUGAACAGUGUUGAGGUUUGACAAGAACGGUUUCCUCAUCCAGAUACUUUUAGUGUCCGGAUUAUCACACUGACCUAAAGGAAGGAUUUAGUGAGUAAAAUCAAUAAAGACUACACCAUAAACCGUGGGACUCGGAGACAGUUUUCAGCAGAGAAUCAAUAUUCUUUUUUGGGGGGUUGGUUUUAUCCUCGUUUCUGGAAGGAACAACACUGCAUGGAAACUAAAGCAUGUUCCUAAAUGGAUUCGGUGGCACUUGCCUGAACCUAACAAAAGCUUAAAACUUUCUUUCCUUUCUUGGACUCUGCACUUUGAAAAAGAGAUAAUUUCCUCUUAUCUUAAUGAAACGAGAGAUUGUAAAGCCUUUCCUGAAACGCAUGCUAAAACGAAAUUGAUUUACACUAUUUUUAUGGCAACCAAUGUAAGCCAUUUUCAGAUUCACUUUUGACUUCCUCGAAUACCUGGCAUCCUCCGAAUUCUUCAUGUUUUGUGGUGUUUCCAGCUCAUUUCACUUUACCCUAACUGGUUUGAGAGAAGCACACAUUAGCUGGACAAGAUGGACCCGUAUUUUUCCCUCAGACCUGGUAAUGUACUUCACACGUGUCAGAAAACACUUCCUGUUGAAUCUGUUCAUGUUGGUGGUGAUGGCUGGGAUGACCUUUAAAACUAUCCACUCAUGUCACAUGACUAAUGACUACAUGAAAGGAUUAAGCGUGGUAGCGAAUGGAUUUUAGAGGCCUUACACUCUUUUCUAGAACACAGAAUCUUUGUGUAAUAAGCUGUAUUGUUUAUCAAAGGCAGCACAAAGGCCACUUCGUAAAAGGUUAUAAAACAUGACAUCAGCUCAUGACAGCUCACUGACUUGCCUAGUUAAAGGUAAAAUAAAUAAAAAAUUGUUUAAAAAAAAUGUCAACGUCAGCUUUACCUAGUUUAUACAGUGACAUAUCGACUUGUUCCCAUACAAGCGUUUUAUGUAGGAGGUUCUUUGUCAUACUAAUGAAUGUCAUACAUUCCACAGUAUCUACUACUCUAAAGUGUUACCAAAAUAUGCCCUGAAAUAAAGUCAAAAUAACUAUAUCCUCUUAUGAGAGACUACUACUCUACAAGAUCCCUACUAUGAGAGAAUUCUACUCUAAACACUAUCCCUUUAAGUGUACUUAGUCGCUAGAUGGCUGAGUAGUGUGCUUAGGCGCUAGAUGGCUGAGUAGUGUGCUUAGUCGCUAGAUGGCUGAGUAGUGUGCUUAGUCGCUAGAUGGCUGAGUAGUGUGCUUAGUCGCUAGAUGGCUGAGUAGUGUGCUUAGUCGCUAGAUGGCUGAGUAGUCUAGAAGCGUCACAGAUGUUAGUUUGCAAGUCACUCUGGAAAAUGCAUGCCACCAUCAUGUCCACCACUGUACUGUAGCAAGACAACCACUACUGUAGUAUUGCACUGGCGUGUUAACCUGUCGGGCCUACUGUAUGACCGAAGAAAUGUGUUUGAUUCAAGGAUCCUAUGCAAAAGGUCAAGUUUUAUACUGCCAUUUUUAAUUAUAUAAUGUCCCUGCCUGAGUCAAUGCCCCUGCCUGAGUCAAUGCCCCUGCCUGAGUCAAUGUCCCUGCCUGAGUCAACGAACCAAAAGGAAAACUCUAUCUUUGCUUUGAGAGAAUGCUAUCAGGGUCUGGCAGAGACACCAUCGCCAUGACAAUUAAUCUUCCAAAAAUUGUACGCUUUGAUGUCAUGCAUGGUUUGUAUCAGCCAAGGGGAUUGGGGAAAUCUAUCAGAAGACAACAACAAAAAAAAGAGUUGGCCAGUUGUUGCUUUAUGACUAAGAACUUUUCAUUCUCCAUUUAAGUUUAUGGGUAUUUAGGGAAAGGUUUGGCUCGUUAGCAGAAAUAUUAGACGUUAUUUAGAAAGAAAGUCAAUGGGGCGAAUAAUUCCAUGCAGACGAGAACACAUGGAAACUACCAUUCACACUAGCCAAAGCCUUCAGGUUUAGUAACCUUGGUGUGGAAAGGAGGUUAAUUUCAUUUCAAACUCAUCUCCACACAUUCGGUUGAGGCUGGCUUGUAGAGAGUGGUGGGGGGCUGUAAUGUCAGAUUCAUGUUCUACUACUGCCAUCUGCUGAAAAUUGACUUUGAAUUUCUCCUAAAGACCUUCUUGUUAUGCCACCAUACCCAAAUUCAAGUUUACAGAGUGGUCCCCUUGUUGGCUAAAUGUAAAUGAACAACAGAUUAAUUUCAUUUUUCGUUUGUAUUGAAUCUAUUCCAUUCAAAUGAUCUGAAAACGUAAUGAAUAUUAUUUUUCCACACAGGGAAAGGGUUGGAACAGUCCAGUAGCAAACGCAAGAGGAGGAAAACAGAGAAGUCUUUUGUGUAUGGAAUCACUGCUGCCAUGAUGUUUAAAACAUCAAGGAGCCAGAGCCAACUGCAGAGACACAGAACAUAUGUGCACGUUGCUGGCAAUCUGCAUAGGAGGCUAGCUUUGAAGACCAGAAAACACAACGUCAAACUGUACAACGUCAAAGGCAACUGGGCCAACACGUUAUGGCAUCCUUCCAUUUAGUCUCUUGCCCAACUACCCCAACAAGCUGAUAUUCCUUCACUCCCACUCUCCUCAACCCACCCAGCGAGCAAGUGCGGUUGAGAUCUAGUUGUAACCAAUCAUGAUCGUCACUGCGAUCAUGAUUGGCUACUCCUUAGUGAUUCAUAGAACGAUGGCUGAGAACUCUAUACUGUAGAUUUAUAUGGAAAAUAGUAUUGAGAACAGAAUUGUUUUUAUUCCAAAGUGUAUAAUUUACAGAAAAUGUUUUCUGUCCCCAUGCCUCCUAGUUGCCCUUACUGUCAGCAGCAUAUACACUGUAGUACAAUGCUGAAACCAGGAUUUACUGUACCUUGUGAUUUCUUCAAAAUCACUCUGAUUUCUUAUGGUCUAGUAAGCCUGUGCUUUUUGAACAAAAAUAAAGUAGUUAUGUAGAAGAUUAAAUUAUUUUUUUAACAGUUUUUGAAUUAUUGGCCUACCAACUAUAUAUAUAUAUUACUGUAGAAUUUAUAUUGAUGUGUGUUGAGUUAGGAUGCCCGAUGACAAAGUACCUUUUCUAGAACAGUUGACCUUCUCAGGUGUGAUGACCUAGCUACACCUAACAUACUCCAGGUUGAAUGCAUGCUAGAUCUUCUAUGCUUCAUUUUGAAUGAUCUUUUAUUUUCAUGCAUGCAGUGCUUUUCUUUCCCCUAAUUCUAAAAACAAAAUAUAGCAUGAUGUUACAUAGCAAUGUUUACAAUCCACUUUUAAAUCGUCUUCAUUUUAUGAAAUGUAACAUACCUAUUGUAUAUUGUGCACAACAUACAAUAACAAAACAUUUGCAGUGAAUCUGGAGAGAAACCAAAAGUAGUGCUCUCUAACUGAUAACCGAGGGCAGGCCUCGGCCCGCACGCCAACCGUUUGGCUAAAAGGGUUUCGGAUCCUUUGGUGACAGUUGCAUUACCUUGAAGUCUCUCAGGCGUGUGUACAACUGAACGACCACAGCGCUUUCUGUAAUAGCAUUAGGUCCUACAGUUUUCAAUAAUUGCUCUGUGUCUCGUGUACGAUACAUUUCAUUGUACCCCGCUGGUUUACUCUGGUUUGUUUCUAUAGCUGAUAUACAACUAUGAAUAGAUCUAUUAAUAUUUUUGAUGCCUUAAAAAAAUGAAAUACUUUACAGUGUACUAACAAUGCAUUAUAAAUUCUCUCCCGAUGUACCUAAAACACUAGUCAAGCAUCAACACCUUUCAGACAUAUGAUAUGAAAGUUCUCUUUUAAAAUAAACUUGUAAUAUAUUCAAA